CAACACUACAUCAUCACAGCUCUCGACACCGACGGGCGUUUCAUCCUCACAUUUUGGAGCCAAAAGUGUCGCGUACAUUGCGCUUUAUGUGUGCACACUUUAGUCUAUCUUGGCUUUUAUUUUCCACAAGCUGAACCCAGCAAUGUCCAAAAUCAUCCGGCUCCUUUUUUAUAUAACGCCAGCGUUAUGCCAAUACGCCGUGAACACAGAAAUGAGGGCCGACGUAACUUUCGGGGAAAACAACGACCGCUUCGAUAUAUCCAACAUAAUACAAGAGCAGAGAAGAUUCGAAGAAUACCUCGCGAAGAAUUUGAGAGACACGUAUAAAGAAGACAAACAAAAUGGGGAGAUAUCCUCUGAAGAGUCUCGUCGGAGCUUCAAAUAUCCGGACAAUAUGUUGGCUCGCCGAUGGGACGGCGGCUUCGCUUUCCACGACAACAUGGACGGCGACUUAGGAGGAUCUUUAGACGACUACGAAAAAGGACUCGAUAUUUUCAAGAAAAAAAACGGGAGACGGAGCCUGAAUCUAUUUAGAUAUUUGGGCAAACCAUUGAAUAAACCAUUCCAUCACGGCCAUAGACGUAAUCACAGUAAAGAGGGGCUGGAAGACCUGACCAGCAACCCCAAGCCAUUGAACGUAUAACACAGACUUUUCUUGUAAUAAAACUUAUACAUUAACA